AUGCUGGUCCGACUUUUCACGGCCUUUUUAAUAUUACCGGUUUGUCUGGCGUUUUGCCCAAAGCUCUUCCAGAAUCAGACAGCAUGCUCCUGCGAUAGUACGGUAGAAGGACCAGUUAUCCGAUGCAGUGGUACUGAUGGACUCAUGAUUGUGGAUAAGCUGAAGGCUUCUCAUAUGGAAAUCAAGGAAUUUGCUUUGGAAAACGCCAACAUAAUUGAGAUCGGCCCACGCGCUUUCAAGAACUUGAGAAUCAAGAAGCUCAAUCUUGACAAGAACAGAAUCCAGCACAUCCAUGAGAACGCUUUCAGAGGUCUUGAGAAUGUGAUGCAAGAGUUGUCCAUCUCCGAGAAUAGCUUGGAGGAGGUCCCAACCAAAGCUCUCUCCGGACUCCGUGUUCUCAAUACUCUCAGCUUGAAGUGCAACAAGAUUGGGAACAUCACCAAGAAGGCUUUCACCAACAUGACUUCCCUUAUCGAUGUUAACUUGGCUUGCAACCAAAUCUGUGAAAUGACUCAAGACACCUUUGAAAAUGUCAAGCUUUCCCUUCAAAACGUGAUUCUGGAUAGCAACUGUAUGACUUCAUUUCCAAGCAAGGCUUUCCGUAACAUGAACAACUUGAUUGCUCUGCACAUUAAGUACAAUAAGAUCCAAGCUCUCGGCCAAAACGAUCUGACAAAUCUCACAUCUCUCUCCAUGCUGUCUCUCAUCGGGAACAACAUUUCCGACGUCAAGGGAGGAGCUCUGAGCAACACUCCAAACCUUCGAUACUUGUACUUGAACGAGAACAACCUUCAAACCUUUGACAAUGGAGUUAUGGAGCAAUUCAAGCAAGUCCAGGUCGUCGACUUGUCCUUCAAUAACUUCAGUGACAUCACCAAGGAAAUGUUCGAGGGACUUGAGAGCAUCCAACACUUGAACCUCGAUAGCAACGCCAUUAAGUCGAUUGCUCCAGGAGCAUUUGCCGGCACCCCACUUCUUCUUCUCUGGCUUCCAAACAAUUGCCUGGCUGAGAUCACUCAACAAACUUUCCAAGGAGCCCCAUUCCUUCGCAUGGUUUCUCUCUCCAACAAUAAUAUUAAGUCUAUUCAGGAUCUCUCAUUCGCCCAUCUUGCCAACCUCCACACCCUUGACUUGGCUAACAAUAAGAUCAUGUCCCUCCAAAACAAAUCUCUCUCUGGAGCCGAGAACCUUUCCGUCCGUCUUCAAGAGAACCCAAUGGUCUGCACCCAGAACGGAUUCCAUGUCUUGAACGCCGGAGAAGCCAUCAACCUUACCAGCGAGGCUAACAACGUUUGCAAGGGAGACUGGCAUGCAGAGACUGUUGAUUUGUGCCCAAAGGCUCAGCCAAGACCAGCUAGACCAGCUUGCUGCUCCAACGUCAUGACCACUACCACUACAACCACUACUACUACUACCACCACCACAACCACCACUCUUCCACCAACCACCACUGCUGAAGAGGAAGAAGAGGAAGAGGAAGAGGAAGAAGUUGAGGAGGAGACUACCGAGGAGACCACCACUGUUGCCAAACCCAAGAAGGCAAAGGCCACCACCACCACUGAGGAUCCAGAGACUGAGUACGUUGAUGAGGAUGAGGAAGAAGAUGAGGAGGAGGAGACCACCACCAAGAAGGCCACUACUACUACUACCACAACAGAGGCUCCAAAAUCCAAGAAGGUCAACAUGGAGCGAUUCUGGAGACUUUCAAACAAGCCAAGCGGAAAAUCUCCAUUCAUGUCCAGACACUCACAAGGAAACAAACCAAGAUAUCUUCAAACGACCACCACUACAGAGGCUCCAGAAGAAGAAGAGGAGACUGGAGAUGAGGCCGAGUACAUUUCGGAGGAUGAGGAAGAGGAGACAGAGACCACCACAUCCGCUCCAACCACUACCGACGCCGAUGUGGAAGUUCCAGCCAGAAUCCGAGAGCGCCAAAAGAUGUUCGCCGGAAGCAUGCCACCAUGGAUGGCACAGAGGACCAAGACCGACACUGUCGAGGAGGAAUUCAGCAAGGACGAUGAGGUCGAGACUGUUGAAACCGCCGAGAAGCCAGCCAGGAAGUAG